GUUUCCUAUUUAUUCGCCCAUCAUGCCGUUCUGGGACAAGAACGAGAAGACGAGCGAUGUGGUCUCGCAGGCCCCGUCGGACCGCGUGUAUCGAACCGAGUCUCACGCCGAGGGUGUCGUCCACAGCAGUACCGAUCACCUCCAGCGCCGUCUUGGUAACAGACAAAUCCAAUUGAUUGCCAUCGGAGGUUCUAUCGGUACAGCUCUGUUCGUGUCAAUCGGUGGUGGUCUCGAGAGAGGUGGUCCCGCAUCACUCUUCCUGGCUUAUACGAUCUAUUCGUGCUUCCUCGGGUAUGGCUCAGAUUCACUGUUCUCAUUGCCUAUGACCAUUCUCUACCCAGUAGAGGGUGGCUUCAUCCGUCUUGCUGGCAAAUUCGUGGAUGAGGCCUUCGGUUUUAUGGCCGCUUUGCUCAUUCCAUUCGAGAUUACCGCUUUGACUACCGUCCUCGGUUUCUGGAGUGACAACAUCCCUGGUUACGCGAUUCCCAUUUGUUGUAUCCCUACCCGGGCUCUCCAAAAGUUUCUAGCUGACAUGUUCCCUAGUCUUCUCAACGUCCUCGCAGUGAAAGCCUACGGUGAGGCUGAGUUCUGGCUGUCCGGAGGAAAGGUCAUCUUGAUCUUCUUGCUCUUCUUUCACAUUCGUCACCAUGGUUCCCUUGGCCAAUUCGAAGGAUUUCUUGCCGCCCUCUGGUCUGCAUCUUUCUGUAUCGUCGGCCCAGAGUACAUCUCCAUGGUCUCCGCCGAAGCCAAGCGACCCCGUAUCUAUAUCAAGACCGCAUUCAAGACCGUCUACUACCGUUUCGGUAUCUUCUUCAUUGGUGGUGCUCUCGCUGCUGGUAUCAUCGUCGCCUCCAAGGAUCCCGAGCUUGUCGCCAUUGUCAGCGGAACCAAGUCUGAGGUGAAUAUGGGAAUUACCGGACUUCCUCACUUCGUCAACGCUCUGCUCGUUACUUCCAUCUUCUCCGCUGGUAACACCUACACCUACUGUGCUACUCGCUCUCUUCACGGCAUGGCUGUUGAAGGCCGUGCCCCUGGAAUCUUCAAGAAGACGACCAAGAACGGUGUCCCGAUCUUCUGUUUCGCGUUUGUCAUGCUGUUCCCCUGUCUGUCCUUCCUCCAGGUCAGCAGCGGCUCGAACAAGGUUUUGACUUGGUUGGUCAACUUGAUCACCGCAGGUGGUAUCAUUAAUUACAUCGUUAUGACUAUCACAUACAUCUUCUUCUGGCGUGCUAUGAAGGCUCAGGGUGUUGACAGAAAGCUGCUUCCAUACUGUGGUUGGUUCCAGCCAUGGUCCGCAUACAUCGGACUUGCCUGGAUGAUUAUGAUCGUCACCUGCUACGGCUAUACCAGUUUCGCACCGUGGUCGGUCGAUAACUUCUUCAUUUAUUACACUAUGCAAGUCGAUAAUCUUGCAGAUGGCGUUUUCAGAAAGCUAAUAAUUGUCCUGAAGAAGACCAAGCUUCAGAAGCCCAUGACCACCGACCUUGUCUGGGAACGCCCUGCCAUCGAUGCCUACGAGGCUACCUUCCUCGACCCUCCUAACAGCUUCUGGAACGAGAUGCUUGGACCUCUCAGAAGAAACAAAGGCAGCGACCGCCAGUACAGCGACUCUGGCAACCACUCCGGUAUGGAG